AUGCCUGAUGUGUACGCAUGGGGAUCAGGCUCCUCGGGACAACUGGGCACGCGCGAUGAAUUAGACUAUGCGGUGCCGGUGAAAGUAGACCUGGAGGCUGAGCUUGUCACCGUGACCACUGGCGGAGGUCACAGCGCAGGAUGGACGGCAAGUGGACAACUCUACACAUGGGGCGACGACAGUCAUGGUCAGUUGGGGCGUGUAUCAUCAUCAUUGUCGUCGCCACUGCGCGUUCAGCAUGUCGAGGGAUUGCCUCCGAUUCAGGUUGCGAGCUGUGGCUGGUGGCACACCGUGGCCAUAUCCCAAUGCGCCGACGACAGUACCAGCAGCACCACCAGCACACAAGUGUUUGCCUGGGGUCACGGCCAUCCUUGCAACCACACAACUGGGAUUGCUUUCAAGCCAAACAAGAAGGUGCCGUUGAUGGCAGCAUUUCCAUCGUCUGUUCGCAUCACAAGUGUAUCGUGUGGCUGGAAGCAUUCGCUCUUGGCCACCCGCGAUGGACGGGUAUUUGCAUGGGGCAAAGGUCGUUCUGGGGAGCUGGCCAUGGGGCCCCAUGUCACAGAUGUGGCGGUGCCGACGGUGGUGCCGUCAUUGACAGGUCAACCCAUCCGACGGGUCUGUUGCGGGUGGCAGCACUCGGUGUUCCUCACCGAUCUCGGCCACGUGUGGACCAGUGGCAGCAACAAGCACGGCCAACUUGGUGUGGCAAAUAGUCUGCGUGGGUUUGAACCCUGUCGGGCGUUGAUCGAUGACGUGAUCGAUGACGUGGCUGUGGGGUGGCAUCACGUGGUCUGCAUUGGCCAAAGCGGCGUUGUCUAUUCAUGGGGCAAAGGGGAUUUGGGUCAAUUGGGGUCUGGAGUGUUCGAGUCGACGUCCACUCCGCAGCCAAUUCCAGUGGGCGAUCGUACAAGUCCCAUCGUCCAAGUUGCCAGUGGGUCAGAACAUUCUCUGUUUGGUAGUACAUUUGCGUACUUUUGGAAAUAUGUUGUAUACAUGUGCGAUGUAGUGACGGCCGCCGGGGACGUCUAUUCGUGUGGAUGGGGCGAGCACGGAAAUCUGGGACAUGACGACACUGCUAACGUGGCGUCGCCCACAAAGGUGGAGUACUUUUAUGCCCGACGUGUGCGUAUCGAACGCUGUGUUGCUGCGGGCGCAGUGUCCAUUGCCAUAACGCACUAAUGUCAAAUGUCCAAUACAUUUCUGGGUCACUC